AUGACGAUGAGAAUUAUUACUGAUGCUUUACAUCAGACAUUGAUGAUUCUAGUUUUUAAAACUGAAAUGUUCUUUCAAAGACCCUUUCAUUAUAAGGAGGGACAAUUGAAAACCUUCAGAGAUGUCUCGAAAGGAGACACAAUUUGUGUCCAUUGUCAUAACACUCCAUCCGGAAAGACACUUCAACUUAAUAUUUGA